CGUAGAGGCAUUAUAAUAUAUAUGAUCAUAUACCCUCCAUACAGCUAAUUUGGCACGCAAUGGAAGUUAAUGAGUUUGCAUAUAAAAGGGCAUCACGAGCGAAUGCCCACCACAUAAUUAUUACACACUUUGUUGGCAACGAUGCGGUAUCUCAUCUAUCUUCUGAUCGUCUUCGCGAUUCAGAUUUCAGCAAGCGAUAUCUUGUCUUGGUCGAACAAUACAAAUGAAUCAAAAAGGCAAGACGUGAUUGGAAAAGCCUGGGCGGAGCAUGCUGAGCUAAUUUUAAAAGAGCGACCUUUAGAUGUUGGAAGGAGGUUCAAACGACAGCUGGUGUCUGAUAUAUCCACCGAUUCAACCACAAUGGGCACCGAUUCCACUACAACGGCCGGCACUGAUUCAACUACAACGGCCGGCACUGAUUCAACUACAACGGCCGUCACCGAUUCAACUACAACAACCGGCACUGAUUCAACUACAACGGCCGGCACUGAUUCAACUACAACGGCCGGCACUGAUUCAACAACAACGGCCGUCACCGAUUCAACUACAACGGCCGUCACCGAUUCAACUACAACAAACGGCACUGAUUCAACUACAACGACUGUCACCGAUUCAACUACAACGGCCGUCACCGAUUCAACUACAACGGCCGUCACCGAUUCCACUACCACGGCCGGCACCGAUUCAACUACAGCGGCCGUCACCGAUUCAACUACAACGGCCGUCACCGAUUCAACUACAACGGCCGUCACCGAUUCAACUACAACAACCGGCACUGAUUCAAAUACAACGGCCGUCACCGAUUCAACUACAACGGCCGUCACCGAUUCAACUACAACGGCCGUCACCGAUUCAACUACAACGGCCGUCACCGAUUCCACUACAACGGCCGGCACCGAUUCCACUACAACGGCCGGCACCGAUUCCACUACAACGGCCGUCACCGAAUCAACUACAACGGCCGGCACUGAUUCAACUACAAAGAAAGUCACAGAUUCCACAACAACGGCCGGCACCGAUUCAACUACAACGGCCGGCACUGAUUCAACUGCAACGGCCACCGACUCUACUACAAUUGGCACCGAUUCAACUUUAACGGCCACCGUUUCAACUGCAGCGGCCACUGGUUCAACUACAACGGGCAUCGAUUCAACUUUAACGGCCACAAUUUCAACUACAGCAGCGGCCACCGAUUCAACUACAACGGCCGGCACUGAUUCAACUGCAACGGCCACCCACUCUACUACAAUUGGCACCGAUUCAACUUUAACGGGCACCGUUCAACUUUAA